AUGUGUUUUGUGAUUUCUAAAUUCCUAAAUCUGGAAAAAUUUCCUUCUUCUGAACUUCAUCCUGAUGAUCCUAUUAAUGAAAUACUAACAAUUCAAACUGAAUUUAGACAACGUAUUAAGAAUGGUCCAUUCCAACCUAUACUAAACAGUUAUCCAAAAACAGCGUUUAGUGGUAUAUUACGACAUUUUCAAAGUCACUGGUAUAAACAGUUUCCUUGGCUUGAGUAUAGUCAAAUAGGAGAUUUAGCAUAUUGUUUUCCUUGUCGAAUGUUUACACAUUCUUCAGGAAUCAAUAUUGGACAAGCAGAAUUAACUUAUUCAAAGUUGGGUUUUAAAAAUUGGAAACUGGCUACAUCUAAAUUUAAAUUGCAUCAAUUAUCCAAAGCCCAUUUAAACAGCUCUACAUCUUUGAACAAUUUUUUACGUUUAAAACCAAUUGACAUAAUUUUGGAUGAAAAUAGAGAACUUGUGCACAGUCAAAAAGAACAAACACAAUUAAAAAAUAGACAAAUUAUGAAACGACUAAUUGAUAUAACAGUUUGUCUUGGUAUAGGUGGUAAACCGUUUCGCGGGCAUAGUGAAAAGUCUAAUGAUAUUCACAAAGGACUGUUUUUGGAUAUAGUUGGACUCUUAACAAAAUAUGAUCGUAUUCUAAAUGAACAUAUUAACUCUGGACCAAAAAACGCUUUAUAUUGCAGUAAUCGGAUUCAAAACGACUUAAUUUUGUCCAUAAGUCAAUUGAUGAAAAGACAAUUAAAAGAGUGUAUACAAGAUAAAAAACUAUCAUUGAUUUCCGAUGAAACAAGUGAUUUAGGGCAUCACGAGCAACUAUCAAUUGUAAUCAGAUACUUUGAUGACACCAAGUGCUCUGUUGUAGAACAGUUUUUAACAAUGAAAAGAAUAAAGUCUGUUAAUGCUCAAAGCAUUUUCAAUACAUUGAGUGAUGUCAUUGAAGAAUAUAACAUUAAAUGGGAAAACAUUGUUUCAACUUGUUUUGAUGGAGCUGCGACAAUGGCAGGUAGUACUGCAGGUGUUCAAACUAAAUUUAAAGAAAAGAAUAAGAAGAUAUUUUUUGUACACUGUUACGGCCAUUGUUUAAAUCUAAUUUUGGUUGAUUCCGUUGGUUGUAAAAAUAGAAUUGCUUUUGAUUUUUUUGGAACUAUCCAGUUAGUGUAUAAUUUCAUAGAAGGUAGCUGUUCAAGACAUGCUAUUUUUGAAAAAAUUGUCAAUUCUACUAAUGCUAAACUUAAAACUUUGAAAUCUUUAUCUAAUACUAGAUGGGCCUGCCGUUCCGAAGCUGUAAGUGCAGUAAAAAUAAACUAUUUGUCUCUUUUAGUAGCAAUUGAAGAAAUUAUAGAUUCUACCAAGCAAUCUGAUGUUAGAGUUAAAGGUUUAGGUAUUAUUUUUCAACUAAAAAAGUUUGAAUUUAUAUUUGCUCUAGAAAUGUUUCAUCCUAUUCUUAAUGCAGUGUUAAAAGUAAGCACAUUUCUACAAACUUCUAACAUAAAUUUGUUGACAGCUGUGGAAGUAGUAGAAUCCUUGAAAGAAUCUCUGAAUAAAAUGAGAAAUGAGGAAUAUGAAUUUAAAAAUAUUUAUAAAAAUACUGUUAAAUUAUGUACUGAUAUUGAUAUUCCAAUUCCAACUUCAAGAAAAAGAAAAAUUUCAUCAAAAGUAGACACUUCUCAUUCCAACGAGUAUUUCUUUCAAACUAAAGAAGAAGAAAUGAAACUAACUGUAUAUAAUACAGCUUUGGAUCAAAUGAUCAAUGGCAUAUCUAUUCGUUUUAAUCAAGAAACAAUUAAUAUGAUUAAGAGUAUAGUCAAUUUAACAAUUUUACAAACAAAUUAUGACAAUGUGUGUACAUUAGCAUCAUCGUUUAAUCUGGAUACACUAACUUUACAAACAGAAAUACGACUCUUGCAAAAUUACGAUAGUGUUCCUAAAAAUAUAUUGAAAAAUAAAUGCGAUGAAUGGAUCAAAUGGUUAUCUUCUUGUGAUAGACAAAAUAUUUUCCCUAGUAUCACAAAAGCAUUCAAGUUAUUUGUUACAAUACCAGUAACAAGUUGUAGUUGUGAAAGAACAUUUUCAAAACUAAAUUUGGUUAAAACAAAGUUACGAAGUACGAUGGGUCAGGAAAGAUUAGAUGGACUUUUAAACAUGUUCAUUGAACAGGAACAAGCUUAUAAUGUAGAUUAUGAAGAAGUAAUAGACAUUUUUAAAACAUUAGACCCUACUUCCAAACGACGUAUGGAACUUUAA